GGUACUGCAUCCAGCCCGCCUCCAUCUGCCCAGCCUGGCGGGCUGGACCCCCCUGACAUUUUGACAGAUCUCCACCCCUGCCUAUUAGCGUCCUUCCUCAAAAUGUGUGUCCGAGAUGACCAUAUAGAUCAGAGGUCAUACUCAUCUACACCAAGGUGAAGGCCCCCUUUAAGACAUCUACACCCCAGAAACGGACGGAGAGGUCAUUUCCAUAAGGGGUACCUACACACCACACCCUCUCCGGGCUGAACGUUUGACCGGUAGCUACGAAUUACGAUUGGCAGGGAGACCCACCAUUGGGACACAUCCGUUCCGUCCGGGCGGUCUCGGCUACUUUAUCAGCCAUCACCGGACCUUCGGUCUUCUAGGCCAAAGAGGUUGUCCCCUCGCCAAUGCGAAUUCUGAGUCGGACUCGGUCGGAGUCCACAGCAUUUGCCCGGAGUCCGAGUCGGAGUCGGAGUCACCGAAAAUCCAUCGACCCAGCAGCCCUAGCUAAAUCCGCCCUAUUUGAUCUAGAGCUUCGCAGAAAAACGAGCGACCGUGCCAUUACGAGGCGCAGCGUCUGAUGCUUAGGUAAUUUUAAAAUCUUCAGCCAGCUGGUGACCACCCCGGUCAAAUACCACAGCGAACGAGUCCGGUUUUGGUAAAUAACUUCGCUAAGAAUGCUCGCAGAGCCAACAUUUUUUUCACCAUUUAAUUGAUCGCGCUUGGGCGCGUCGAGUGAGGAGAGAACUGUCAAAUUAGGAUGGUUAGGUUAAAACUCAAAGCCGUUCAGAUCACGAAGUAGGACGAGGAUAUUGUAUACCAUUCGAUUCGACAAAUCUUUCCAAACAUUAUGACGGCAUUCUCGCAGGCUUACUUUGCUCGGGAGUUAUUGAAACUCAUUACUUAAAAAAACUUCACUAACACCAUUACGAGCGUUGGAAGAUCGCAUCUCGAUCGCCGGCUCGGCCCCGGUCCGUAUUUUUAUUUUGGUACCUACCGUGUGCCGGUACGGCGGCCGAUUGGUUCAGUCUGACGAGGCCGCGGUUCGGCGCCGCGGAGCUGGCCGGACAGCUGGUUGGGUGGGAGGGGAGGGGGCAGGGGGCUGGUCCUCUGGGCGACUCCUCUCCCUGGUCACUCGGUCUGGGGACGCCGCAGAGGCAGGAGCGCAGCCGACGACACCGAGUGAGCCGCGGCGUUCACCACGAGAGGCGGCACGGGGUCGGAGCCGGCUCCUGCACAGAGGGAACACUCCAGCGGCGGACCUGUCAGGACACUCCAGCACACUGCCAUGCUGUCUCGUCUGCUGCUGACCUGCUGUGUCUGCUGGACAGCCUGCCCAGCCGUAUCGGGACAACCGCCCGAGGUGGUGCUGCUGGACCCGAAGGACCUGGGCUACCUGCCGCCGGUCACCAAGACUGCCGCUGCCGCUGCAGUCGACACCCGGUGCGGGGUGAACGUCCCCAGCGCGGAGCCGACCAAGGAGGCCGUCCACCUCGGAGAGUACCCGUGGAUGGCGAGGCUCGGAUAUACCAGACGCUCGAAGAAGUCGAAGCGCGUGGUGUACAGCUGCGGCGGCACGCUGAUCACGGAGCGGUACGUGCUGACGGCGGCCCACUGCGUCAGCCGGCUGCCCAAGGACCUGGCCAUGACGGCAGUCAGACUCGGGGAGCACAACAUCACAACCGAGAGGGACUGUCUGGAGACGCCCUCUGGCGAGGUCUGCUCUGACGAGGUGCAGGACUUUGGCGUGGAGGAGGUGAUCCCGCACCCGGAGCACCACAAGCCGCGGCAGUACCACAACGACAUCGCCCUGGUGCGGCUCGACAGACCCGUGGAGCGGUCAGAGUUCGUGCGGCCCAUCUGUCUUCCGUUCGACCCGUCCGUGCGCAGAAACAUCACCGGGAAGACGGUGACACUCGCCGGCUUCGGAUCCAUCGGCACACCCAAUGACGCGCUCCGAGAGCUGCACGUGCCCGUGGUGGACAGCCAGAAGUGCGCCAAGGCGUUCCAGCGUUUCCGCACGGCGAUUGGUCCGCACCAGCUGUGCGCCGGAGGGCAGAAGGGUCGCGGCGCAUGCGCAGGGGACGCCGGCGGCCCUCUGAUGGCGGCUGCCGUGCCCGGCCAGCCCAGGGUGCUGGUCGGAGUGGUGUCGUUCGGUCCGGCCACGUGCGGGACGCAGAACGUGCCAGACGUGUACACACGCGUGGCCGACUACAAAGACUGGAUCGUCGAAAAUAUGAAGGACUGAGAGAGAAUAUAUGGGUCUAUGCUGCAGAGAUCGCGGGACCGUUCGGCGCUGGGCGCUGGGACCGGUCGUGAAUAAAGAUAGAUAUCAUAUUACAAUAUAAGUGGUAAUCCGUGGAGAAAAGACACUCAUUUUGUGAGUUGACGGGGCGGGCCCCCCUAGCGAUGCCGCCUGUGGCGAUGCGAUGUGCCGCGGCGUGUUUACCGACUUCUUUCCGAGCCCGAUGAGAAUACACGAGUGCAAAACUAA